GUGGAGCUUCCGGCAAAGAGAGAUGUCUUCCCGACCUCGAUCAAGGAUUCCUCAAAUUUUGUACGACGAAUAACAAAAAACAGCAUGGCAUCUCGUGGAGGCGUACACGUUAGCGGCACCGAUGGCAGCGAUUUCAACCAUCGACAAAAAGUGGCAUCGCACUACCAGAUCAGUGCCAUUUACAAGACGCGACUAAAGACGGCAAUGCUGCUGCACUUCUUCCUCUUUCUUGCCAUGUGCGCCAAGCUAGCCGAGGACGUGCUCGAUCGGCUGGACAUCUUCAUCCUCGAGCUGGAAGAGCUGUACAUCCCAAAGCCGUUGCUCUGGGAGUGGGUCUGGCUUGCCAGCCUGCUCUUCAUGCUGCCAGGCCUGACGGCCGUGCGUCGCAAUCGCGCGAGCAGCAUGAAGGUGUAUGUCGCCGGCACGUUCCUCUUCGGUCUGUGUCCCGUGAUCGGAGCCGCGGUCUACUUCUUCCGCGACCUGUAUGCCUUCGUGCAGCACGGCCACGCCGUCGAGAAUGUCCAGUUGUGGCAGGGUUACCCCGUGGCGGUCCUCUGGUACGCCUUCCUUACCGUGGCCUUCCAGGCGCACAUGUUCUCACUCUACUUUGGCGUAAGGCUCAUCCUGGCUUGGCAACGCGGAACGGUUGUCAAGAAAGCCAAGUAACCCCUAUGUGCGCCCGCGUUGCUUGGUGGAUGCACACCCAUCGCAGCGCCCUCUGUGGUUGACCCUGUGCAGCAGUCUUCCUUCUUCUCUUUCUGUCCGUACUUCUGUUGAGUGCGCUGGAUCAGUGUCACAGUUGUCGGUUGCCGACCAUGUGCCAGCCGCAGUGAACCAGCUGUCUCGUCAUGCUGUGCAAAACCCUUCCAUCCAUCUCAGGAGCCCUUACAGACUGUCAACCACUGCCAUUUCUAUUAACCCCAAUGUGUGCACUUCCAACACGGCGUUUUUUUCUUUAUUAAAUCCAAAUGAAUGUUUUCCAGUGACGUGUUCUUGCGCUCGCUUCUAGCUUCCUAGGUCAGUACACCGUAUUGUUGAAGUUUCUUUGAUAAGACAGUUGAACUUAAAUCUGUCAAGCUCACUAAGUGCACAUGGCAGCCACAGUUGAGUGAGGUUUGCUCAAUAUAUAGGUCAUUGCAGUAGAUUUCUGUGCCAUAGUUCUCGAUGCCCACAGUUAGACAGCUGCUAGUAUAUGUAUUGUGUCUCAUCUUCAUUGUCAUGUGCAUGUGCUCCCAAUACUGGUGAAGAUUUAUGUAGCGCAACCCCCGAUUUGACCUGGUGGAAUUUAGUACUUGGGGGCAACUUUGGCAACUGUAAACUCUGGCACUGCUACGGCGCACCAUAGUUCCUUAAGGAUCCUCUGUGAAGACUUGCUUGCAGCCUGUUUGCUUGGAGAAGCAACCGUUCUCGGAGUGUGGCGUCUCCUGACGAUUUCCAGGGGACCACGGGAAUGUGCAUCUGUGUUUACGUGUUGUGCCUUCCUGGUGUCUGGUCCAUGUGCGUGAAGCUCUGUGUUCUGUGGUGUCAGGAACAAUUCUCAGAUUGAAAAACUGUGAUGAGGAUGUUCUUCCUAUGAUCUGCGUUUCUACAUCCACAAGCUAGCUUCUGAGCUUGCACUGGUAAACUUGCUAAACCAUCAGUCCCUCAAGUAGGGGAAGUUUGCGGAUACAGUCAGAGCCAAGUGAAAGUUUGCCACUGUAAUUCCGCGCAGCUCAAAGCUUGGCAAACCAUUAGUCCUUUCUUUAAAUUUACGGCAUGUGGAGAUGGUAUCAGGCUUGUAGUACAUGUAACUCCUGCAUGUGAUGUACCAUGUCCUUGGUACUAAAUGUGGGAACAGCCAAACACAGUUACAAGCCCAAGGCUUAACAUUAUUGUAGUGUUGCAGCAAUGUCUUGCAGGCUUGCCGCAACGCUUUGAAACUUUUCCGUUGUGCCUUAUAUGGGUCUUGUCUAUGGCAAAAGUAGUAAAGCCUUGUAUUCUAAUGUGUGAUUAGCACAUAGACUUAAAUGUGUUUGCUUGCAAUGAAUGAACUGGUUGUGAAUCAAACUGCUUGCUUUUUCAACAUACCCGCAAGUUCUAUACCCUGGCCUGGUAUGGGUGGGAAAAAAAGAGUCCUUUAAUAGUGACAAGUGCACAUUUAGCAUUCGUUGUGUUACUACCUUGAGAAUGUCAUGGUUUUAUUCAUAAUGACCCGUAAGUAUGUGGGCCGUUAGCAUGGGUGGUGAGAAGGUAUGCUGUUUGAUGUUUUAACUGCAUAGGAAGAAAAUUCUAAGUCACUACAACCUGCAAGGCUUCAUGGUGUGGGCAGCUGCUGCAGAGAUAUGUUGUUAUUCACCCACAUUCUUGCUAUUGCUUCCGUACUUUAUUUUUUAGUGCUGCAGGCCUGUACCUUAUCAUGGAAUACUGUUCCGUUUGCUCCGUGUCGUGGCGCCUCGCGCCACCGGCGCUGCCCAUGUUGGGGCCCCUGACAUAUUUCGAAAUGGCCAAUCAUAGAGGACCAACACGGAAUAGCAUUUCAUAUUCCGUGGAAUGGUAUAGGCCCCCUGAACUAUGUUGUACACUGUUAGCACUGUGAAACUGUGUGUAGAUGCAGAUGUUGAAUAUAUAAAGAACAAAAUGGUCACACCUUCAUUUGAAGCACCAAUCUUCACUUAUGCUUAAAUAUUGAAGAAAUCUUUACCCACGGGUGCAUCAGCGAAACACAGCUGUAGCAUACCUUGUGAGGAAGAAAUGCAUAUAGUAAUUUGCAAGGUCUUAAAAUGGCUGCCUCAAAUUUUACUUAGUAACAUGAAAAGCAUUCAUGCUGUUUGUUGUGCAACUUGCACAGCCAAAUCUACAGGCGUAGCAGUAUAAUUGAACUGCUUUUGACUGCUAACAUUUGCUGGAUGCAGCUUGAAGAUCUGUGAGAUUUUUCGAACUUCUUGGGGCUAACAUGUUUAAAGUUAAUAGAUAGUACACUGACAGAGGGUGUAUAGGCGAUUGCACAAAGAAAUCGAAAACUUGAAUGUGGCUGUCAUUUGUGUAGUGUUUCAAUGUGAUGUAAAGAUGUGUGUGCACAUGUGUGUGCAGGAUCCCUUGUAGUUUCACAUAUGUGGGCAUUGCUGUGGAGUGAUUUCCUGUAUGUGCCAGUGUGACACUGUCAGUGCUCUUUGUCGGGAGGCAACUUCAGAUACUCGUGUAAGCUUGCUUUGGGGCUUGCGCAGGUGUGCGGACUGUGAAUGCUGCAGGGUGUGUUUCAUUACUAAAAAAAAAUGUGGAAUGUAACAUUGUCCAACUUACUACUGCCAGCUGCUGUGACAACAUGAAUGUGUGAAACUAUGGCGCAAUAAAUUAUUCCAGUUGUUUGUUGGUA